AUGUCAUACAACGCAGGAACAGCUGCGGCAGCAUCAAACGAGUCCAGAGGAGCAGCUGCAGGCGGUGGCGUGCCAGCUGUUAAUGAUGAACAUGAGCCGAUCAUCCCGACUGACGCAUGCCAAUUUGACACCCUCUUCGGAAUCGCUGGGAAGAAAGAUGUGGUUGCGCAAGGGCAAGUUGAUCCGGAGGAGUUGCAUGUGGAGGGGUUUGACCAGUUCUUCGGCGGUCAGACGAUGUUCUACGAUUCGUUGGAAACCACUGACGCUGCGGGUAACAAACUUCAGAAGGAGAACAGCAUGUCGAGGGCUGCUGUCGGAAAUGGUCGCAGUGCAGAGCCAGAAGGAGCAGCGGCUUUGAAGCUGAAUAGCUUUGAAUCCCCCAAGCCAGCAGCAACAGAGGACACUGAGAGUCAGAAUGUUGUACGAGUUCGUGUUGUCCAUGGUCUGUCUACGGUUUCCAACGACCGUUUGAAGCGAGCACUAGUGGUGCUUGGAAAACAACCAGCAGGGAUUGAGGCGGGUCGACAGCUCGUUCAUGAUAUCUGUCAGACUGACUUUUUCGAGGAGAUCAUGAUUGCAAAUACUGAGAGUAUUGUAGAAUAUCAAGGAAGAAGAGUAGAAUCCGUGAAGCAGAUAAUGAUCGACCUCGAUCAUAUUGAUGAAGAAGCUCUCGCUGGUUACGAUGUCGCGUUUUGCUUUGUAGGGCAUGUCAAAGAGGAGGCAGGAGUUGACGGGUUUUGGAGUGUUCUGGAAAAAUUGGGACCAAGUGGGUUGGAGGAAAUCGAGAAGACAAACCAUGUUCAAGUGGUCAAUCUUGCAAAAGCAUUGGUCGCAAAUGGAUGCCUCCACUUUCACUUGCUGUCGUCGGCCAACGCUGAAUCAGAAAGCCACUUGGCAUUUUCUAAGGCAAAGGGUGCAGCAGAAAAAGAAAUAGCCGAGAUUGGAUUCAAGAGGUUAGUGAUAUACCGCCCCGGAUUCUUGCGAGGCAAGAAGGUCAACAGUGUCGGGGAUGCGCUCACGGCGUUCUUUGCCGUUCCAGCCCUGGAAGUAUUCUAUCCUACCGAUGCCAGCGUCAGUGUAAUGUCUCUCUCAAAAGCCAUUCUUUCAAGAGCUGCUGCGAACCAGUGUCAAGAUUUUGAGCUCUUGGAGAACGAAGACAUCUUGAAGGCUGCAGAAUCGCCGGGGGAUGGAUGGUUUCCAGCACACAAGCUUCCAGAGUUAGAUAGGAUGGAGUGGGACAAGGGCGACAAGGUUGCGAAGUCUUGGGCGGAUAGCAACAAGGAGGAUCCGUUGCUUGAGAUGUUUGAGGCAGGUGGGGCAGAGCAGGAGAAGAGGCAAGAGAAGGCCGAGGGCGAUGACUUCAAGUUUCCUAACUUUUUUGGAGACAAGAAGGGGGAGGAGAAGAAGGGCGAGGCGGGUUGGUUCGGCAAUCUGAAACUGCCUUUCAUGUCCUCCGAGGUUGAAAGCAAGGAAGUGCAGACAGAGCCCGAGCGAGUUCACUUAGCCUGA